GCGGAUUUAUGUUUAAUCAUCAAUCAGCCAUUCGGUAUUGUCUGUGAUAAACUAGUGGAAAUAGAUCGCCUAAUCGCAGUGUCACAGAGACGGAAUGGUCAAGCAAUUUCAAAUGGUUCGAGAUCACCCCGAGCCUAAGGCAGUGUUCUUUACAUGCAUGGACUCUCGGAUGAUCCCCACUAGAUUUACUGAAACGAACGUUGGGGAUAUGUUUGUGGUUCGAAAUGCUGGCAAUGUCGUUCCCCACUCACAACACUUUUCCGACGAACUGACUAUGUGUGAGCCCGCUGCGCUAGAGCUGGGGUGCGUUGUCAAUGCUAUACGGCACGUAAUUGUUUGCGGUCAUAGUGACUGCAAAGCUAUGAAUUUGCUGUACGCCCUGCGGGAUGAGGAGUUUGCAUCCAAAGUGAAUAGAAGAAUUUCACCACUGAGAGCCUGGUUAUGCGCCCAUGCCAGCAGUAGUUUAGCAAAGUUCCAACAGCUUGAAAUUACUGGAUUCCAUCAGCCUAUCAUAUUUCAGGCGGAGACACCAAUGCGAAAGUUUGUUGCUUACAUUGACCCUGAAGAUAAAUUCGCUAUCGAAGACAAACUUUCUCAGAUCAAUACGUUACAGCAGUUGCAAAAUGUUGCGUCUUACGGAUUUUUGAAGAAACGAUUGGAAAGACACGAUCUCCACAUUCAUGCACUCUGGUUUGAUAUUUACACUGGGGAUAUUUAUUACUUUAGUCGCGGCAAUAAGCGUUUUGUUGAAAUUAAUGAGCUGACGGAAGGACCAUUAUUAGAAGAAAUCAGGAAAUAUUACUCGUAAUGAAUGACAUGCAGCGUUCUCAAUAAGUUAUUUUGUUGGUGAUUCAUCAAGCACAAAUCAACAUCGAAAAGUGUUAAAGUUGCGGUAUAGGAGCUCUAAUUAAGUUAUUUAAUAAUUUUGAUAUGUAUUUUCAUAGCGCACACGACAUGUACAAUACUUUUUUGAGAGAAUCUCAAGUUUUGUUAUGGAAUUCUGUUUUUGUGAAAUACUCAAAUUGCUGACUUUGAAUGAUGUAAAAAUAUCUGCAGCACCAGUGAGCAGGAUUUGAGUGUUAAUACAAUUUACAGAUACUAAAUAUUUAUAUUUCUAUGAAAAAAAACUGU